AUGGAGUCGAAAGAAAGAACGAGCUUUGGCUCGGCACGCGAACAACAUGAAGACAGCGCGUCAAGCGAGUACGAGAAGAGAGGAGUAUCUGCUGCCGACAUCAACGAAGAGAAAGAUGUUGCACACGGCGGAGCUACGCAGUCCCAAACGAAGGAGCUGAAUGACGCAACAGCUGAAAGAGGCCGUAGCCAAAGCAGACGUUCGCAAGACGGCAGGAGUCUGAAGACCGUCAGAUCGCAUCACUCGAGAGCUGGAGGAGAUGGCUACACAUGCCUCGACGCAGAAGCCAACGCCAAAGGCCCAAGCAACUCUCGACCCGGCCCUGUAACAGAGCAACCGUACCUUGUGACUUGGGAUGGUGACGCCGACCCAGAGAAUCCACGGAGCAUGGGCAAACUACGAAGAUGGCUCAUCAACAUCCAGACAAUGCUGGUUGCGCGCUUCUUGGACGGCCUAGCUGGCUCAGCCUUCCUCAGUGUUGCUGGAGGGACAGUCGGUGACAUGUUCGGGAAACACGUCAGUACAUUCGAUGCUCGCUAG